CGGAGCACCGAGCCCGAGCACCGAGCGGGCGCGCACGCACGCGGCGCGGCGCGAGGGCCCCGAGCACCCACGCCAUGAAGGAAGAGGCCUUCCUCCCGCGUCGUUUCUCGCUGUGUCCUCCUACCUCCACCCCGCAGAAGACAGACCCCCGGAAACUCACACGGCACCUGCUCUUGGGCUGUGAGAAUGAACUCGGCCCCGUCAGCCCAGGAAAGGACAUGGACUCCAAUGGUGUGUCACCAUCAGGGGAUGAAGAGCCCCUGACCCCGGGCUCCGUCACAAAGCCACCACCGGCGGAGCACAGGGUGCACACCGGGUCUCACAAGGAGUGUGUGUCCCCGACAGCCAGGGUCUCCAAGAAGGAGGUCCUCAAGGCGCAGAAAGAGAGCUACCGGCAGGAGAAGAAGAGAGCUACAAAGCAGCUGUUCAGCGCCCUGACCGACCGCAGCGUGGUCAUCAUGGCCGACAGCCUGAAGAUCAGGGGCACCCUGAAAAGCUGGACAAAGCUGUGGUGCGUGCUGAAGCCGGGGGUGCUGCUCAUCUACAAGACCCCCAAGGUGGGCCACUGGGUGGGCACCGUCCUGCUGCACUGCUGCCAGCUGCUCGAGCGCCCCUCCAAGAAAGACGGCUUCUGCUUCAAGCUCUUCCACCCGCUCGACCAGUCGGUCUGGGCCGUGAAGGGCCCCAAAGGCGAGAGUGUGGGCUCCAUCACCCAGCCCCUGCCCAGCAGCUACCUGAUCUUCAGGGCCGCCUCCGAGUCUGAUGGUCGCUGCUGGCUGGACGCCCUGGAGCUGGCCCUGCGCUGCUCCAGCCUGCCUCGACUGAGCCCCUGCGAGCAGGGCCGCGAUGGGGAGCCGGGGUCGUCGCCAGAUGGGUCGCCCUCCUCCCUCUGCGGGCUGCCCGCCUCCACCGCCCUCCCCCCAGAUCAGGACCUGUCCCCCCUGAACGGAUCUUCCCUGGAGAACCACCUGGACAACGAUGCGUUCUCAGACAAGUCUGAGCGAGAGAAUGCAGAGGACUCAGACACAGAGACGCAGGACCACAGCCAGAAGACCAACGAGAGUGGAAGCGACAAGGUGGAGAGUCCCGGGGCGCUGCCAAGGGGGACCACGUACGUGGAGCAGGCUCAGGAGGAGCUAGGAGAGCUAGGAGAGGCAUCUCAGGUGGAGACAGUGUCAGAGGAAAACAAGAACCUGAUGUGGGUGCUGCUGCGCCAGCUGCGGCCCGGCAUGGACCUGUCGCGGGUGGUGCUGCCCACGUUUGUGCUGGAGCCACGCUCCUUCCUCAACAAGCUCUCCGACUACUACUACCACGCAGACCUGCUCUCCAGGGCAGCCACGGAGGAAGACCCCUACUGCCGCAUGAAGCUCGUGCUGAGAUGGUACUUGUCUGGCUUCUAUAAGAAGCCCAAGGGGAUCAAGAAGCCCUACAACCCCAUCUUGGGGGAGACCUUCCGCUGCUGCUGGCGCCACCCAGAGACCAACAGCCACACCUUCUACAUAGCAGAGCAGGUGUCCCACCACCCGCCUGUGUCCGCCUUCCAUGUCAGCAACCGGAAGGAUGGGUUCUGCAUCAGCGGCAGCAUCACAGCCAAGUCGAGGUUCUACGGGAACUCCCUGUCAGCCCUCCUGGACGGCAAGGCCACGCUCACGUUGCUGCAGCGCGGGGAGGAGUACACCCUCACCAUGCCCUAUGCCCACUGCAGAGGGAUCCUGUAUGGAACCAUGUCUCUGGAGCUGGGGGGGAAAGUGAGCAUCACGUGUGAGAAGAACAGCCUCCAAGCCGAGCUGGAGUUCAAGCUCAAGCCUUUCUUUGGAGGUAGUGCCAGCAUCAACCAGGUGUCAGGCACAGUGACGUUGGGAGAGGAGGUCCUGGCGCGGCUCACCGGACACUGGGACGGAGAUGUGUUUAUCAAGGAGGAAGGCCGCGGAAGCAGCGAGCUCUUCUGGAGCCCGAGUGAGGAGGUCCGUGGACAGAGGCUGAAGCGGCACACAGUGCUGUUGGAAGAGCAAGGCGAGCUGGAGUCGGAGAGGCUCUGGCAGCACGUCACCAGGGCCAUCCGGGAGGGCGACCAGCACAAGGCCACGCGGGAGAAGUCGGCGCUGGAGGAGGCGCAGCGGCAGCGCUCGCGCCAGCGCCAGCAGACCCUCACCCCCUGGAAGCCACAGCUGUUCCGCCUAGACCCGCUCACCCAGGAGUGGCACUACCGCUACGAGAACCACAGCCCUUGGGACCCCCUGAAGGACAUGGCGCAGUUUGAGAAAGACGGAGUCCUACACACCCAGAGGCGGGAGACCAUGGUCCACCAGGCCACCCUCCUGGGCAGCCCAGGACCCGGGCACGAGAGGCCCGGCCCAGACCGGAGAAUCCGCAAGGCAAGCGACCAGCCGUCUGGCCACAGCCAGGUCACCGAGAGCAGCGGUUCGACGCCAGAGUCCUGCCCGGAACUGUCAGAUGAGGAUGGGGACUUUGUUCCUGGCAGUGAGAGCCCGUGCCCCGGGUGCAGGAAGGAGGCCCAGCGGCUGUGGGCACUGCAGGAGGCCAUGCUGUCCAUCCGGGAGACCCAGCAGGAGCUGCACAGGCACCUCUCGGCCAUCCUGAGCUGCACAGUUCGGACCAGACAGGCACCAGCCCCAAGCCUCCUGCACAGCCCCCGCACCUGGUUUCUGCUCUGUGUGUUCCUGUCCUGCCAGCUCUUCAUGAACUACAUCCUUAAAUAAGAGCUCUUUGAGACUGGGGACAGGGGUAUUGUCUGCCCAUCUGCCUCCCAGGCACCCAGCACUUUAUGCCAGACCCAGGAAGCAGAGAGGACGGCACACAGGGGACAGCAGGCAGGGCCUGCGGCCGCCAGGGCUCUGUGACCCCAGUGUGCUGUGGGACCGAGCGGGGGUGGGACCCUGGCCUCUCCCAUGGGGCCCUCUGCCCAGCACCGGCCUUAAUGCUAAAGCCAAAUUCAGCUUCUGCUCUGUACCUGUCCCUGGUCCUCACGCCCACACUUGCGACAUGGCAUGGAUGGAUCUGGGGGACAGAGGGGCUGCCCAAGGCUUUGCAUGGCCACACCACAGUGGCAGUGAGCCAGGAGGGGUCCAGAAGCAGGCUGAAGCAAAGAGCCAGCAGCCACCCGGCUCCUCAGCCUGAGACCCAGCCACGCUGCUGAGGUCCUGGGGCCACCGUGGGGAGGACAGCGGGGCUCUCACCCGCCAUGGCGUUCUUUGGAUGGGAGCAAAGACAGGUAGGUACCAGACCAUCCCCAGCCCAGCAGCCAGAGCUCAGCGGCGGCCGGGGUGUGCCCUGGGGACAGCAAGUGGGGCAUGGAGCCCCAGAGGACGGGGCCGCAGCCUGCCGCAUAGUCUUCCUGUUCCCUUUUUUUACACAUAACUGCAAUAUUGGAGCCGCUGCCUGCAGUGGUCGGCGCCUGGUGGCCGUCAGUGGCGCUGUGUGUGUGUGUGUGUGUGUGUGUGAGAGAGCGAGUGAGUGUGCGUGUCAGCAUCUACCCGGAUUCACAUUCGGAGCCUUAAACUAAUCUGUGGGUGUCAUCCCAGCCGUAGCUGGUCAUUUCAUUUUCCAAGUUUGUACCCAGUUCUUGUCUUCACAUCUCCUGUUGGGAACAUGUCUAGAUUCUUUGCCUUGAAUAAAUGGAAACUCAUGUUGCCUGUU